AUGCCGCUACUCUCCUUGCAGGCGAGACCGCUCCCCCAUGCACCAUGUUCCUCCUUCCCUAUGCCUCCCCACUUCCCCUUGUUCGUCUGGGUCUGCGCCAGCGUGUGCCACGGCGGAGAAACGGCUCCACCGCGCCGCGCUCUGCUGCCUCCGGACACCCUGAACUUCACCCUGCGACCCCCAGCAGCUGCGGCGGAGCCGCCCACGGCCCGUCCGUGUGGGCUGUCGCUCCCCAAGGAUCUGUUUCUUCCGUGGCCGCUUCGCCCGCAGCCCGUGACACGCUCGCUGGGCUGCAAGACCGAGAGUGCCGCUGACUCACGAGUCAGCCACCGGCGACUCCGUGGGGGUUUUGUCGCUCCCACUUCGGAGAUCCGCGUCAAGGGGCGGCCCUAUUGGCCCGGAGAGCUAUCGCUCAUCCGUGAGGCCGGGUGGGGGGGGUCGAAGGUGUGCAGUCGCGCGCGGGGCGGGGUGCGCUGCGCUCCGCGGCGCCGUGCGCAGGCCGAGCGCUCCGCUCCCGCGCUGGCCGUGCAGCGCCGGGCAGCGUGCGCUCCCAUCGGCUGCCGCCCCGCGCUCCUGCGCCCCUCCCAGCUCGCCUCUGCGGUGGGGAGAGAGGGGCAGGAUCUCUUUCCCUACGAAGGCGGCAGCAGGGCGCGGGCGGCACUCGCGGGAGUAGUUUGGGAAAGAGGUGAAGAAGGUGCUGGAAUUGCGCUGUGCCUCUGCCCCGCUGGAGGAGCGGGGAGGAGCCAGCCUGACGGGCCUGGGAUCAGCUGUGUCUGGCUGUUGGGACAAUUUUUCCCACAUCACUCCCACUACAGUCAGCCAUUGCCCUGCCUGUUCAGGAGGACUUGCAAGAGACUAAGCCUGCUGCUUCUGCCAUGGCAUAGGACAACCAGGAGAAGAAAAAAACUUGCUGGAAUGUACAGGCUGUCUAGAAGAAAAAUGGCUUUUUUCUUACCUGAGAGAAGAGCUGAGGAAGCACAAGAGAAGGUUGCCCAACAGUAUUUUUCCUGGAAAGAGGAUGUUUGCUGUGAGCCAGACCUCCUCAUGUCCAUCUCCUUCCAAGGUAGAGCCAAGCAGUGGAGCAGGGUGUUGAAGCAUCAACAGGACCAGUCUUGGUCCAGUGGAGACUGCAAGGAACAGCAGAGCUUCAGCCUUCUGCAAAACCAGCUGCAGAGAGGGAGAGAGACUCUGCUUUCUUCCAAGUACAGUGCCACCUUUCUUGGAAGUGGUUUUCCUUGAUUUCUGCAGCUAAUGGAAUAAUUUACCUUCCUAGUUACUUUGAUGAGUCUCUUUCUGUCUCCCAGUGAGCGAGGCACCUGUAUGAGGGUUAUUGGCAUCCAGACACUUUAUUAUACUCUCUCACAAGUAAUGGGUUUGAUUUUCAUGUUCAUUAAGGUUGCUCAACACCUGGUGAAAUGCUGCUUUUAGGACUCUCUAGUCUCCCAGGUUGGUGUGAAAGGGGUUUUGGCACAAGUAAGAAUAAAGGCCAGUACUAUCAUUA